CGGUCCUCCGGCAUGAAUCAAGCUUGAAACCAGUUCAGUGAGUUAAUUCUUCUUCUGCUCUGUUCGUCCGGACUUUAAUAAAAGAGAGGAAUAGUUUUUAUUGAGCUUUAAACUUUAACUCAUCAGUCGCUGUGAAGAGACGUGUGUGAAUUUCACUUCUGGAUCAACCACAGUCACUUUGAAAAUAAUGUUCCUCGGUGCAGAGCUCUAGAUGUUUACUAUGAGUCCUCACACCUUGACACUGACAGCUCUGUGCUUCCUGUGGCUCUGUCCCAGCUGUGGCCGGAGUUCAGCUUCAGCCCCAGAUCUGCAGGAGCAGCCCAAAAAGAUAGCUGUGGUCGGAGCGGGCAUCGGUGGCACUGCAGCAGCGUUUUACCUGAGGCAGGAGUUCGGAGCCGCGGUGAAGAUCGAUGUGUUUGAAUCCGGGGAUGUCGGUGGCCCGCUGUCGACAGUGAGGAUCUGGGAUCACGAGUACGAGACGGGAGGUUUAAUGAUCCAUCCUUUAAACCUACACAUGAAGCACUUUGUUGAAAAAUUAGGUAUCCCUCCAAGGAAAGAGGUCUCGUCUAAAAUGGCGAUCUUUGACGGGAAGGAGCUGACGUUUGAAGAGAGCGACUGGUUCAUAAUUAAUUUCCUCCGCAUGCUCUGGCGAUACGGCUUCAACAUGCUUCGGAUGCAGAUGUGGGUGGAGAGUAUAUUGGACAAAUUUAUGAGGAUCUACCAGUACCAGCAGUAUGGCUACUCAUUCUCCAGCGUGGAGAAACUCCUGCACGCCAUGGGCGGCGACAGUUUUCUCACCCUGAUGAAUCAGACGCUGGAGGAAACCAUGAGGAGUGAAGGAUUCUCACAGAUCUUCCUCAAUGAUGUCGUUGCACCCAUGACUCGUGUCAACUAUGGUCAAAGUGUCCGCAUCCACGGGUUUGCGGGGGCCUCGUCGUUAGCAGGAGCAGAUUCGGGUCAGUGGGCCGUGGAAGGAGGCAACAAGAAAGUUUGCUCAGGACUGUUGUACAACAGUAAAAGUGUUCUCAUCCCGGCCAGAGUGACGUCCAUCUCAGUCAAAGUUCGACCUUCCAAGUCAGGCCCCACAAACAGUUACUAUGAGGUCAGUUAUGUCGGGGAGUCAGGCUCCGCCCACUCUCUGUAUGACAUCGUGGUGAUAGCAACGCCGCUUCACCAGGGAAAGUCUGACAUCACCUUCUCUGGCUUCUCUCCUCCAAUCCCGUCUCACUACCCUGGGCGCUACCACCAGACGGUUUCCACUCUGGUCCACGGUCUGCUUAACAUGUCCUACCUCGGCACCACGGGGCCGCCGUCUGGCUUCACCGUGUCUGACGUCCUCACCACUGACUCAAAGGGCUCGCUCAUCCACCGCCUGACCUCCCUCGACCCCGUGCACAUCCCUGCUGGCUACAAACGCCCCCCCGCCAGCCAGGCCAAAGUGUGGAGGGUGUCCUCGCUACAGCCGCUGUCUCAGGAGCACCUGCAGAACAUGUUCCUCUCAUGGGAUUCGGUGUCCGAGACCCGGAUGGCUUAUCCUGCGUACCGCCCAGCGCAUCGGAGGACCCCUCCCUUCAUCCUGCACAACCGGCUGUACUACCUCAGUGCUGUGGAGUGGGCGGCGAGCACCAUGGAGAUGAGCGCCAUCUCCGGCAGGAACGCGGCCCUGCUGGCACACCACCGCUGGCACAGCCAGGUCGACAAAAUCGACCAGGAGGACCUGCACACCCGACUUAGAGGGGAACUCUGAGACGGGACCACUACUUGAGAUGAGAACAGAAAGCAAUAGAGUAGAGGAUGUAGAGAUGCUCAAGGGCAUGUCUGCUGCACUGUAAUCACUCCAGUCAGGGUGAAUCCCAACGCUCCUUCAGGUGUCAGUGGUGCUCUGGCCUCCUUAAACUUAGAUCCUGAUUUGUUAAAACUUAAUUUCUAGAAAGUAAAGUACUGUUGCUGAGAUUUACAACAACAAUACUCGAUUUAAGGAGUAGUCAGUCAAAAAAAAACAGGUAAAAUACAUUGUUUAUGUUAACAUUUGUUAAUAUUCAAUGGUUUCAGCUGUAGACGGUUAAUUAAAAUGGACAACGCGUCUCCACUCCCUUCCAUUAACCGGAAAUGAAGCAAAAAUAUCCCUGAUAUGAACACACUCAACCAAUCGUGAUUAAUACUCAGCUCUCAGUCAAUUCGUCCUAUUUGAAUUAAAACCAGACUUACCAGAAACCUAAGCACAGGGACAAACAUCAGUGUGAUAAGAACAUUUUGGGAUUCAGUCAUGUUUUCGUCUUUUAUGUUUGGUCUGUAGAAAGAGAAAACUGUUGUUUACACUAAUUAGACAGUUUUUCUCUCUUUCUGUUAUGGACCAAUCAAUUGAUCAAGAAAAUAUUCUUCACAUGAAUAAAUAAUAUAUUAAUAGUUUUAUAUAAUUAUAUAAUUGUCAGGUGACAUUGCUACAAGGCAACAAACCGGGAAGUGAUCAGAAAAGUUUUUAACAAUUGAAUCUUUAACAAUUGAAACGGUUGUUUUGUGUAAAUCAAUAAGUGAGUUGAUAAUAAUCCUUAGUCCGCAGGCAAACUGCUUCAAAUAGGAUGGUUUAGUUUAAACCUGAACCAUACUGUAACAUGACCUUAUGUUAAGAGUUCUAACAUUUCUUUUCCUAUCUGAAAUCAUCUUUAUUGAUGACUCUCCAUUCAAAGCAGUGAACUUAGUGCAAUGCUACUUUAACGACGUUGUAAUAAAGGGGAAUCGUCUGUUAAUAGCUCUAAUCAGCAGCCACAUCCUCACUGUCAGGGUUGAGACCUGAAGGCAUCACCAGCACCAGGAGCUCACGUCACAGUAAAAGGUGGAACUACGUUUGUACUGUGCUGAAAUGAGUAAUCACUGUGAACUACACUGCACUGCGUUCCUCAGUCUGUAUAUGAGUGUCUUGAACAAAUUUGUCGAUUUUUUUUAAAUACAGUUUUUCAUGUAUUUUCCUUUUGUUAUAAACACGGCAAAGCUAACAUCACACAAACCAACAGCUGACUAACAUGAUGCUGUCCCUUUAUUGAUGGAUUCAGAGGAUUUCCUGAGUCCGCAGCACACUACUGUAAAAGUUGUUAUAGUUCAGGCAGCUGCCAGCGAGAGAGGUUUACUACUAAGAUGUUUUCUCUGCAAACUGGAUGAUGUUGAAAUUUAUCUAUUUUCUUAAAUUCCUAUCUAUUGGAGACAGCCUAAUCGCACAGACCACUUCAACCUUACUGUGGUGCCUUAAAUUCAUUAAAGCAAUCGGCUCGUGUUUCUUAAAAAAGUCGCCUCUGAUUUUAGAAAUAAUUGUCCAAACUGCCGUCAGAGUUUAAAACUGAGGCCGAUGCCUUUUUGUAUUUUUGCUGUAAUGAAUGGAAACGUGUUCUGUACCUGAGAUUUGAAUGAUGUCACUUAAAAAAACUACCUAUGUGUUGUUGAGCUUCUUCGGAAAGGCCGCUACUGUUUUCUGAUUCUUUCUUAAGGACUUUUCAACGGGUAUUUUUCUAGAUGUUUUUUAAAGAAGCUCUUGGGUGUUUAUGUGUCAUGCUAUUGCAAGAUUAUUAAUCGUGCACUUUAUUUGAACCUGAAAUCUUCAGAGCCAUCUGCAAAUGCCAAAUAAAACCCAAAUUCUGCUGCACAAAUAAAAUUAUACUUUAUAAUUUUGAAUGAAUCUAAUUUCAAACAUUAAUUGAAACCUCCCUGAUCCUACUGUAUGCUUUUAAAAGUGUUUACAAUCACAAUAAAGGGAUGAGACCUCC